UGACCACUGUUUCUCACUCGGGUCCAGGCUUUGGAGCAGUCCGGUUUCAUUUCCGCUCGGUUCACAGAAAACAGCUCGUAACUUUUCUGCAGCGAAGGCCGCCGCCGCCAUGUCCAACAACAAUGCCAGCAACAACCUAAUAAUCGCUCAGAGGGCCGUGAAGCAGCUCCGGUUAGAGGCCAGUAUCCGGAGGAUCAAGGUGUCCCAGGCUGCUGCUGAGCUGAGAAACUUCUGUCUGCAAAAUGCCUCCAAGGACCCUCUCCUGGUCGGGGUCCCCUCCAGUGAUAAUCCCUUCAGACCCCCUAAAUCCUGCUCCCUGUUCUGAGAAAGAAGCGUGGAAGGCUUUCUUCACUUCUACGCGACAUCUCUGUAGAUCCACCAGCUCCUCUCGGGAUGAUGCAACGUGGGAAUGAUGGAUGGGGUGGGGGGUGGGGUGUUGAGGGUGCACUUGUUUGCCAAAACUAAUGGUAUCAUAACUCCCAUCUGUUACAUUUAAAGCAGGGCCAAACUCGACAUGUUGUUAUUGACACUAGCCUGACUAAUUAUUAAGCUGGUCUCGUUUUACCUCGUGCUUAACAUGCCUGGCCUCUCUUUACUGUCUUAACAUUGUCUGUCUCCAGUCAGUCAGCGAAGUGCCGUCCAUGUGACUGGCUGUUGAUGGUACGACUUCCUCUUGUGUUUUCUGUGUUACACUCAUAGAAUUAUUAAUAGUAAUGAAUUCAACCAGGUGCUGUUAAAGAAAAUAAGAGCAUGUAUUGUUAUGUGCACGGUGGGGUCCAAUGUCCCAUUCACUUGAGUGGGGAAAGUUGUCUCAGACUUUUGGACCUCACUGUCCACUGUAUUUCAUCAAAACAUUAACUGUGCACGUGGCCAACAGACAUGCUGAUCACCUGUGAGCUAAAAUGAUUGGUGUCUUAAACUACUCAUAAAUUAUAAUAAUAUAUAAUAGUUAAGGUGUUAGUGCUAUUCUGAGGUACGACAAUACGGUACAGACUUUUAAUUCUUUCAGUGCAGGACGUGAUUGUUCAUCCCAUCCUUUUUCUGUACAUAUUUAACAGCCUGUUAAGGUUGCUUACCUGUUCCAUGUCUUUAAUUUAAAAAAGAAAAAACACAUCAAGGCCUUACACUAUUUGGAUAGUGAAACCUGGUUGCAAAUUUAAUGUUUAUCACUUUGUUUGUAUUUGUGUUUAACGAAUCAUGCUGCAGCGACUCGUUGUAUUAAUUGAUUUUGCCGCUGAAAUCUUAUUCCAAUCAACCAAAACCUUUCACUACUGUCAGCUUUUAUCUUUCUUAACUUUGCUACUGUGGGCGACCUUGUAGGAAUUAAAUAUUCCUUUUUUUGAACACUGAAAAA